AUAUAGGGGGUGGGUAGGGAGUCCGGUAAAUCUGCCCACAAAUAGGAACAGAAACUCUGAAAGGGCAAAAGUCACCCUGUGGUACCCUGUGACUCCUAUCACUAACCCCCUGCAAUUCCUACCCACCAACAUUCCUCUCAGGUUACAAUGGGGACCCGUCACGAGGUUUUAAGCCUUUAUCGGCAGAUUUUCCGAAUAGCAAGAAAAUGGCAGGCAGCAUCAGGACUUAAGGAAGAAACUAUAAAAGAGAAAAAAUACAUUGUGGAUGAAGCUAGAAAGUUAUUCUAUAAAAACAAAAAGAUUACAGAUCUUCAGAUGAUUAAAAUGUGUAUAGAAGAAUGCAAGGCAAGAGUGGAGAUUGGAUUGCAUUAUAGGAAUCCAUACCCCAGGCCUAUCCAUCUGCCUCCACUGGGACUUGCCGUCCCACACAGUAAAGUUCUGCGUACCCAGGAAAAGCUCAGGAAGCAAGCCAAGCCUGUUUAUUUAAAGUCAUAUGAUGAAAUCUCCUAGUCAUGGCAGCAGAUCUAUCAUAAUUAAAUUAUAUUGUUGUAUCACAAGCCAUGUUUGCGGUAUGAUGAGGUUUAACCACAAGAUGGACUCUGUAAAUCAAAGCUGCCACUGUGUUGCACUGCAGAACAGGGUCAUUCCCAUUCAUGCUGGUUAGUCACUCAAAUUAUUCAGCAAGGAACCUAUUUGUAAUAAAAGGGGGGGGGUCCAAGAUUUAUUCCAUUCAUAAUAGAGUGCACCUAAGUUUCCACACCCAUCCAAUAUAAUUGACCAAUAUUUUUCAUUUGUACUGGUGAACCAGGGGUAAUUGUUACAACCCCCCCACCCACAAAAAAUAUGGGAAUGUCUUUGUGUAUAUGCCGAUUGCUUAGGACCCAACUUAAUCUUCAUUCACAGUUCUCUGUAGAAGGAAACUGAGGCAGUGACUGCUUUGAUUUAAAAUAGGCCCUGAAAUAAUAUCUACACAGAAGCCCAAACAGCCCCCCACCAGCCCAAUAAAUAGUGACUGUCAAUCAAAGUACUUAACUGUCAACCAUUGUGUCGGCAUCUGGAUCUUCUACUCACUCUGUUUGUUACUGUUUUCAAAGGGGUGACACACCUGGACUACAACUUCUAGAUAUAUUUGUGACAAGAUACCAAGUUGCACCUGAGUCAGUCCCUUAAGGUGGCCAUACACAUAACAAUUCCGAUCUUUCCUGCAACCAUAGGUCUCAGGAACGAUUGAUCGUUUCCCCCAAUGACGUUCAGGGCUGAAUCGUCAGAAACAAUAGAGAUUCUACCUCCACCUGCCUCUCCAGCCCUAAACUCAGAUUUUGUUUGGGCACCUGAUCAAAAUCUUUGAUCCGUAGCCUUUUGAAGUAUCAGUCACCUCUUCGAGCCGCCAUUCAGGGGCCGAAUAUUGUACGAAACUAGGUUUCAGGCAAUAUCAUUGGUGUGUGUAUGGCCAGCUUUAGUCAUUGUGACAAACUGGAACUGGAUACGCAAUUUACUCCUGACACAGUGGUGAUGCUUUCCGAACCCCAGAUUAUAGAAUAUCAGUGGUAGUGCCCACAAUCUCACCUUUGUCUUCAGAGUCUCCGUUUCAUUAAUGUAAAUAAGUCUUUAUUUGAAAUGUUUAUUACCCUUAAAGGGGACCUGUCACCCUAAGAAAUAAUUUCAAUUUUUUUUUUUAGUUAAGCAAAAUAAACUUCACUUACACUAUAUAAAUAAUAUAAAUCUUGCUUCCUUCAGUCUGGGAAUUACACAAUCACAGCAAGAAGGCAGGCGCCAUUUUGUGGACAUUUUUAUUAAUGCGAGCUUUGUAUCACCCCAAAAUCUUGUUUAUGUGCCAGAAUGGGGGGACCUGAUACCCAUACCCAUGCACACAAUUAGAUAGUGAGGAGGGAGGGGGAGAGUGAGGAGAGCAGUGACAUCUAAGAAGUGCUGAAUGGAAAGUAAAAGUUAUUGUCUGCCCCGCCUCUAUGCUGAAGGCGGGGCAAGCAAUAUAUGAUUGGCAGCUGGGAUUUUCAAAUGCCUUGAUAAUGGGUAUGAAUAUGUUAAUGAAAAAAUGAAUUUGGGUUUCAUGUUUAAUUUGAAAAGGACUUUUAUUAUACAGCUUUUUAUAUCUGAGUGACAGGUUAAAAGCGUUUCAAUAAAUUUUGCAAGUAAAA